UCGUCGUUCCGCAUGACCGUGCGUGUAGAGUAGCCUACGAGGCAGAAAACAGCGCUGGCCCUUUAAGACACGAGCGCUCGCUAAACUGGCAACCGUGAAGCGUAUUACCGACACCACAGAGCGGACUCGCGCACACACACGAGAUAGAUGGAAUAAUAACAAUGGAAUAUCACUGCGUGCUUUUUACCGUUUUGUUGCAGUUCAUCGUCCAACCAGUCAGGUCCAGGCCCACCAUCACCCCAGACGGACCCCAGCUCACAGUGCCGCUACACGGCGACUUCACUUUGCGCUGCCAGAGUGACAGUUCAGUGCACUGGGUACGAGAAGACCGCACAUCACGACCCCUAAAAGAGCAACAAAGGGAGGGUCAAUUAUCAAUUUUUAAAGUGCCCAGGGCAGGCCCACAACACAUGGGCAAAUACACCUGUAAGGAGGAGAAGUCUGAUUUAAAGAGCUCCAUCUAUGUCUAUGUAAAAGCAUUCCUCUCAGCAGAUCCUGAAAAUCCCUUCAGGAGGGCCAUUGUCUUCGACAUUGUCGCAGGAGAAGGAGACAUGGUCACCAUACCGUGCUUGCCGACCGACCCCAACAUGGCAGACCUGCACCUGGAGAAAUGCAGCGGACAACCCCUGCCCGACAGUUUGCGAUAUUCAUCCAGCAUCGAGAUGGGAGUGACCCUGAACAACGUUAGAAAAGAUUUUGCGGGAUGCUACAUCUGCGUCGGGACUCUGGAAGGAGCCACGGUUAAAUCCGGGCAAUAUCAACUCAAUGUCCGCCUCGUUCCAGACGCACCGCCUCCGAUCACACUGGGUCAACCUCAAAGAGUUCUGCACACACAGGGGGAAAAACUUUCCCUAUCCUGCUCCACCUCAAAUGUCAACAGUGAUAUCACAAUCAAGUGGAAGGCUCCAAAUGGAAUGCAACCAUCAUUUCAUCAAACCUCGCGUCUUUUGACUGAGCCCAUUUCCCACGUGCGGACAGCCAUCCUCAACCUGCCUUCUGUGACGAUACAGGACAGAGGGAAUUACAGCUGUGAGGCAAUGAACGAGAAAGGGACCAGCGUAAAAUUUGUCUGGGUUGAAAUCUAUGGUAAAGGCUUUAUUAACCUAACAAAUGUGGAUAACAGCACAAAGAGAGUGCGUGCUGGGGAAAGUCUGUCUCUGCGGGUGGUUAUGGACGCUUACCCAAAACCUCAUACAUUUACUUGGAGCUUCAGUGGUGUGAAACAAAUACUUACAAAUACUACUGAUCAUGUCAUUACAAGCCGGUCACACGGGAACAGUUACACCAGCGAGCUGAAGCUGGUCCGUCUCAAAGUCUCAGAGAGCGGCGUGUACACCUUCACAUGCUCAAACCGGGAUGCCACUAUCCAUCAAACAUUCGAAGUCCACGUCAUUAGUAAACCCCAGAUUGUGUCCUAUGAAGGGCCGAUUGAUGGACAGGUGCGCUGUGUGGCUGAGGGUUACCCCACCCCUCAGAUCAAGUGGUAUUACUGCGACCAACCCUAUUCAAGGUGCUCUAAUUCACUGAAUGCUACUCAAGAGGAAGAAGACGUUGUCACCGUAACUAUGGCAAAUCCGCCCUUCGGGAAGGGCGCAGUGGAGAGUCGUCUAAACAUCACCAAGAACAAUUACCCCACCCUUGAAUGUGUGGCAUCUGCCAACGGAGAAAUCGUUUACACUCUUUUCUCAAUAAGCGAGAGCACUGUCCCUCAUGAACUCUUCACACCUCUACUCAUUGGAUUUGUUGCUGCGGCAGUUAUACUCCUUCUCAUCCUUAUUGUGCUGUCUUACAAGUACAUGCAGAAACCCAAAUAUCAAAUACAGUGGAAAGUCAUAGAGGGCAUCCAUGGAAACAACUAUGUGUACAUUGACCCCACUCAGCUUCCGUACGACCACCAAUGGGAGUUUCCCAGAGAUAAGCUGCGAUUUGGAAAAACUCUUGGAUCUGGAGCAUUUGGGAAGGUGGUGGAAGCCACUGCUUAUGGGAUGUCUAAGGCAGACACAAUGAUGACUGUAGCCGUGAAGAUGUUAAAACCAAGUGCUCAUGCCACUGAGAAGGAGGCUCUGAUGUCUGAGCUGAAGGUGCUUAGUUAUCUUGGCAACCAUAUUAACAUUGUGAAUCUGCUUGGGGCCUGCACUAUUGGAGGUCCAACUCUAGUUAUAACGGAGUACUGCUGUUUUGGUGACCUGUUGAACUUCCUGCGCAAAAGAAGAGAAUCGUUCUACUUCUGUACACUUGGAGAAGAAUGUUACUAUAGAAAUGUCAUGAUGCCACCAGAUGCAAGUGAGAGCAGGAAUGGCUACAUGACCAUGAAACCUUCUGUAACGCGAGCUCUAUCUUCAGAAAACAGAAGAUCACUUAAUAAAGGGGAUUCCUACAGUGAUACAGAUACGGUCAGUGAGAUUCUGCAGGAAGAUGGUUUAACUCUAGACACUGAAGAUCUUCUCAGCUUCUCCUACCAAGUGGCCAAAGGGAUGGAUUUUCUGGCAUCCAAGAAUUGUAUUCAUAGAGACCUGGCUGCAAGGAACAUUCUUCUAACCCAAGGUCGAGUGGCUAAGAUCUGUGACUUCGGACUGGCUCGUGACAUCACCACUGACUCAAACUAUGUUGUCAAGGGCAAUGCGCGUCUCCCAGUGAAGUGGAUGUCCCCUGAGAGCAUUUUUGAAUGCGUGUACACCUUUGAAAGUGAUGUCUGGUCUUAUGGUAUCCUGUUGUGGGAGAUCUUCUCUCUCGGGAGUAGUCCCUACCCUGGCAUGCCAGUGGACUCCAAAUUCUACAAGAUGAUCAAAGAGGGAUAUCGCAUGGAGUCGCCGGAGUUUGCACCAACUGAAAUGUACGAGAUCAUGCAUUCGUGCUGGGAUGCCGACCCCUUUAAGAGACCCUCAUUCAGCAAGAUAGUGGAGAAGAUCGAACAGCAGAUCUCGGACAGCACCAAACAUAUUUACUUAAACUUCAGCUCCAAAUUGCCAGUGGCACAAGGACUCCGUGAAGAGUCGAAUUCUCACGGGAAUCGGCUAAACUCUGUUAGCAGUCGCAGUACCAUCACCCAGCCCCUGCUCUCUAGCAAUAACGUCUUUUUGGAGGCGACGGGCCCGCAUGACCCUCCAGUGUGACGAUUGUGUUGCACUCAUCGAUUAAGGUCUUGCUAAGGAUCACUGUAGCUCUCUGGCAUACAUUGAGGACUUUGUUGGAAAACACUGAUCAUAAAUCUCAGAGCAGUCAUAUUCUUUCCAUUCAUCUAUUUUGCACCUUUUGCAUAUGGGGUCCAUGCCAGAAACGAAGGUGGUCGUUACUUUUAACGUUUCAUCUAUUCUUUGGAAUUAUGAAUGUUAUUAUCAAUGCUGGCAUCAUUCCACGGUACUACUGCAUAUCUCUAUUGUGAGUCUGCUGGAGGACUUAAGUUGCUUGGUAUAACAUUUCUUUUGCUUUAAUAUUUGCUACACGUUAGCAUAUUAUAUGUUAUAUAUUAGCAGAAUCAUUAUUUUUUUGCUUUAUUUUAAUGCUUGAAUUCAGGUUGAAUACAAAGAAAUGUAACCAUCACCAUGAUGACUGCAGAAUUAAUCAUUUUAGAUUUCCACUUUACCAGACUUUAAGCACAAAAAUGCACUACGACCCACAUUUAAGGAAGCAUUCGAUUGAAUGUGACCUUUUGGCGGAGACUGUCAAGGUUAUUGGAAAUCAGUAACUUUACCAUUUAUAUAUUUUGCAGAUCAUUCAAACUUCAAACACAUCAAUGGCUCUUUGAUUUGGAAAGUAUGUGUAGCAAUAACUAAGCUUUGCACCUUUAAAGCAUUAUCACAUUGCUGCGCAAGCCAAAAACGAGCUUCUGCAUUGUGUUAGAUAGAGCAUAAAGGUGAUAGUAUUUCAUUAGUUGGCAGCUGAAUCUAUUUUGUUGUCAUCUCCUAUGAAUUGUCUUGAUUGAAGGGAUCAUAUUAAAUCGACUUUAAGUUCAGACAGGCAAGGUGUGUAAAAACUCAUCACUAUUCGUUGUUUACUUUAAAUACUCAGUGAAAUUUGGAUUACAUAGCAGUAUUAUGUUCUUAUUUUUGUCCUUUUCCUCUCGUCCAGGAAAUGUAAUUUGGGACAACAAAAUAAUCCAGUAAAGCAGUAAUUCAAGUUUAAUGAGGCAUCAAACUCCCAGACAGUGUUUUUCGGGAUCACUUUAAACAUCAUCAAUCAAUGACAGCUUCUCACGCAUCUUGAAUUCUUUCAAAGCUUGUUUGAAACAAAAAAUAUAUAUUAUUUCUGUACCUAUUUCAUUUGUAUAACACAAACAAAGUGUGGCUGUACACCACUGCAGUUCAACUUUUUCAGAUCUUUUUUGUGGUUCUGUAACUGUAAUGGUGGACUGAAGAUCACUAGCUUUCGUAGCAUUGGUUCUUUAUUUCAGAAAAAAAUGUGAGAUAUUCCACAUUACAUAUUUUGUGAAGCUGAACGAGAUAAUAAGGUAUAAUAAGUAGUGCUCAUUUGUACAUUUGUAAAUGUUUUACUGAAUCUAUUUGUAACCUGUUGCGAUUAUCACAGAAAUAAGGCACAAGGUUAUGUUCACAUUGUUGCUGUUUUCUUAUGCUUGUGGUUCAGCAGGUUAUUAUUUUUUCGACAGUUCCUUUGACGACUUAUCACACCAACUGUUGUGCCUAACAGAUUAUGUUUAGCCAAUGAGAAUCUUUGCUGUGGAAGAAUAGAAAUAGAAAGCUGCUGCUGUGUAGCAAUGGGUGCCAAUGGCUUCUUGCUUAUUGUAAGAAUAGCCAGUGAAGGAUCUGCCAAUAGAUGGGCAGAGGACAAAACAGAGAGGCUUUCUGUUGGUUAGAAUAGCCAAUAAGAUUCUCAUUAAAUUAUGGAUCUGCCAAAGGGAAAACGUCAGAGAUAUCUACUGAAUAUGAGAUACGCGUCGAAUGAUUCAAUACACGCAAAUCACAGAACUCGUAGCCGUCUAAACAUCAGUAGUCCGGGCACCCUGUCAGUAGCUAAUUUCCCAGAUCUUCCUCUGUUCUUUGUGUCCAGCUGCUUCCUCAGCCGGAUCUCUCACUUCCACAAAGUCUGAGACGGGGAGAUCCGACUGAGCCCAUCUCCAACACCACCCCCCCUCGCCACACUGGAACACUGUUCCUGUCGGGCGAUAGCUUUCGCUUCCAUUUGCGCUAACGUGUUUGUGUGCGAAUGUGUAAAUGCAGGUCAUUUGCUGUUAAAAUACCCGAGCACUGAUGGGUUCCUCCGAUAAAAAUACUGUUAAUGAACUUCAGUUAUAACUGCUGAAUCAUCUGAUGUUCAGUCACGUCACACAUACCAUCACUGUUUGCUCUCCUCUUGUAUGUAAAUAAUAUAUACAUAUGUAAAUCAUAAUGUUGCUUAUUUUUUGUUAUUAUGGUACGUCCUCUCAUGUGCUGCAAAAAUUCAACAUUUUGUAUGUUUCCCUCAUUUUUUCCUAAGUGCAGUUUGCAGGCACACAAGGUACAGUACAGUUGGCUAUAUAUACACACAUAUAUGUGACCCCGCCUGUGAAACCUCAGCUAAAGUCGCAUAAUCUAAUUUUGAGAUUUAGAGCGGCAAAGUAGUUAUAACCAUAAAAAAUUACAAAAAUAUGUGAUUAUUGCUGUAAAUGACAGAUUAAAACUAAGUCUUUAAUAUACAAUACUUUUUUAUUUUAUUCAAAAUACUUUUUUAUAUUUUAUUUAAAAAUACUGAAAUUAAUGAUUUUAUUAAGACUACGCUUUUUUAUUCUGCACAAAAAUACCUGAACUUGGCUUUCUAAAAAAAAAUUAUUUUGAUCGUCUCUGUGUUCACUUUAGGCACAGAAACACAUGAUAAUAUUUUUUGUUUUUAAAUUGGAAAUUCUCAAAACAUGAUUUUCUGAGUACACAAUCAAUCAAAUCUUUGACAAGGUUUUACUCAGUAGUAUUAAAAAUAUAAAGGUGAUUUUUCCGCAAAUGUUUUCUACUUUAUAUAGAAUGAUUUUAUGAAUAGUAAAAAACAUAAAUGACAGAAAAAUGACUUUAGCCUGGUUUUCACAGGCGGGGUGACAGAUAUAUUUCAGUAUUUUUAAUCUAUGUUUAAUUGAUGACUGUAGGAGGAGUUCUCGUCUGCAUUUUUAAAUCAUUUAAAGAUGAGGUGUUUUGGCCCCCAUGAGAAGGUUUGUUUAUUGUAUUUUAUUGUAUAUUUAUUUUACAGUUUUUAUUUUGAAAACAAAAUUGUGUGUGUAGCUCUUGUUGUUACAGAAUGUAAAUAAAUAACAAACUACGAAUAUGA